ACAGUCGUACUGUGGCGCCAUUGAAGCUAUCACAUGCCGCACACUAAAUCAAUGAACGGAAGAGAGCUCGCUUAACACUUUAAUAAUAAGAAGAACGUCAUGCCAUAUAUUCAAGAGCGUUUUAUAAAAUAAAAAAUGCUAAUUUAAAUGAAAGUAGGUAACUGCGUAACUCGCGUAAAAGAUAUUAUACCACCAUCUGGCGGCUUCUCUGUGUAUAUACUAUGGAAGAGGGAAUUUUGUCGUGUGCUACGGUUGUUACUUUGUUGUCAAAUGUUGUAUGUCAACAGUAAUGUGACUGGGUGGCCUCGCGUUAGGUUAUUUCUUGCAGGUUAUUGCGUGUGAGGUGUGGUAACGUUGGUGUAUUCCCGUUAUUAUAUCAUAACGGGACUGUGUCGUGUUGUAGCGUAGUGUUUGUCGCUUUGGUGUUAAACGAAAUACUACGAGAGUACGUUAUUUCUUUGAUAUGAAUUGGGUUUUCAUGCUGUAUCUGCUAUUUACCGCCCUUCAUGUUGUUUCACUGGAUAAAAAUGGCUACUGUUCGUCUGACAGAUUUGACGAGGAUGACAAAUGCACGAAAUUACCAUCCUCCAAGGUUAAAGAUAACAGUGAAAGUUUCAGUCACUAUAAGACACUGAUAAGUGAUGCAAUAAAGAACUAUGUUCCUUGUAAACAGGAAAACUGCAGUUGCUAUUUAACAGUCAUUGAUGGUGAUUUGAAGAAUUUUGCUGGAGGUAUUUCAAAGCAGAUGAUUGAUUCUGUUGCAGAUCGGGGCACAAGGUACCAAGUGAUAAACCAUCAUUUGUAUCGUGAGGAAACGUGCAUGUUUCCAGCUCGCUGUGCAGGUGUGGAACAUUUUCUUCUGGAGCUACUUCCAAAAAUCCCAGAUGUUGAAUUUGUUCUGAACACCCGAGAUUGGCCACAAAUAAGCAAGAAUUUUGGUGUGCCGAAGCCAGUGUUUUCUUUUAGCAAGACCAGCCAGUAUUAUGACAUAAUGUAUCCUGCAUGGGCGUUUUGGGAAGGUGGACCAGCAAUACACUUGUAUCCAAGAGGCCUAGGAAGAUGGGAUCUUCAUCGGGAAUCAUUGGUGAAAGCUGCUGCUAAAUGGCCUUGGGAAAAGAAGAAACCAACUGGCUUCUUUCGUGGUUCACGAACUAGCCACGAGAGAGAUGAAUUAAUUAUGUUAUCACGUGAACAUCCUGAUUUAGUAGAUGCACAGUAUACAAAAAAUCAAGCUUGGAAGUCAGAAGCUGACACCCUGUACGCACAGCCAGCUGAAGAAGUAUCACUAGAAAGACAUUGUGAAUACAAGUAUCUAUUUAAUUUCCGGGGAGUUGCAGCCAGUUUUCGAUUGAAACAUCUCUUCUUAUGUAAGAGUUUAGUGUUUCAUGUUGGUGACAACUGGAUUGAGUUCUUUUACCCAGCUCUGAAGCCGUGGGUACAUUAUAUACCAGUUAGUAGUACAGCGUCAAGAGAAGAUAUCAGAAAUCUUCUGGAAUUUGCAGAGAGUGAGCCAGAUUUAAUGAAAAAUAUAGCAGAGACGGGUCACCAGUUCAUAGUGAACAAUCUAAGAAUGAAAGAUGUACGGUGUUACUGGAAAGCUUUAAUGAAAAAGUAUGCAAAAUUAUUGACAUUUCAACCAAAGAGAAAUAAGUCUCUGAAGGAAAUAAAAUGAAUGUGUGUAUUCUUGCUGAUAUCUUUGCAAUUUUUAGAAUAUGUUCUCCAAAUAGGGGAAGCCCUGAGCAGCAGACAAGCAUGUAGAAUAUGCAUUGCUUUUGGCACUUGUGUGUGUGUGUGUGGGGGGGGGGGGGGGGCACAUAGGUGCAAACAUUCAUACAUUUUUUUAGCUCCAGUGAAAGUCUUUGUCUGAAAUCUAAUAAGCAUUGCCACCUAUUUUUAUUUGCCUAUCCAAUGCUCAGUGCAUUCUCUAUUUGGUGAGUGACAAGUACUUGAUGAGUAGUCAUCUAUCCUGUUAUACAUUUGAUCUUCCAUCCUGGAUGUAUUUCUUUGCAAUUUUUGCUCUUCCUGUCUUGCAGUUUUUGUAAUGCAAUGUUAAGUGUCUAGCAUAUUUUAUUGCAUUAGUAGCUUGUUACUUUUUGUGUAACAAGUUUAACAUAUCUACAUGUUCCUAUGUAUAAGUUACUUUGAUAGGUGUGUGACAUUCAAUUUGCAGUUUUACAUAAACUAGUUUGAAAGAUAUACAUAUUGCUGUCCACUGUGUAUCCUUUAUAUCUCAUGCAAUAGAGUUAAACUGUAUCAUUCCUAUUAGUCUAGUUGUUGGCCAACUAAUACAUACUUAAAAAAAUGAAUUUUCUCACAAUGAAGUGGAUAUAAUAGUUUUCCACUGUGUCCAUGAAAUGAAUUGUUCUCUUGGGGUAAUUGCAUAAUUUUUUUCCACAUUAUACACUAUUGUUCAGAGACACAUACACAUUCUUUCAUGUCCAUUUUUCUAAAAACAAUCAAGAAAUGAGUGAUGAGAAUAGAAAGUAGAUUUAUUAUUGAUUGAGGUCUGCAAGUUUUUAAAACUUAACUUAAACUCUGAAUAAAAUCUUAGAGGAAUUAGUGUUUAUAUUCACUUGUCAGUAGGCUGAGUAUUCAGUAACUGAUGUUUCAUACUGAUAAUUUAUGUAAAUGUGUUUAUUGUUUCUUUAAACUGGACUAGAAGUUCUGCUCUCACUUAGUUAUUCAUUGACAGCACAGUUGCACACCACUACUCAGAAAUGACAUUUUCUAAAUAUAUGUUACCAUUCUCAUGUAUCAAAUAUAAUGCAUUAUAAAUACAAGGUGUUUAAAAAAGAAUGGUGCAGUUUUAAAAAUGAAUAAUAAGUAGAUUUAUUAUUUUAUGUGGUCAGACCUUGCAGCAUGAGCAGUGGCAGCUGUCCAAGUUUUUGUUGCAUUAAUCACAAUCCUUCAAUAUGUGCACACUUGGUCACAUGACAUACGUUUAUUUAAAAAAAAAAAAAUCUCAGAAUAAUACUUAUGUUAUGAAACUGCAUAAUUUCUCCAGGUCAAUAAAUCAUCUUGUGGCAGGAAAAAAAAAAAAAAAAAAAAAAAAAGAUUUUCCAUGUUCACAGCCAUGAUAGUGUAGUUUGAUGGACAUGAUAUUUUGGUCUACAGACAUGACUAUAAAUUAGAUAAUCACUUGCACUUCCUGUGUUAAAUAAAAAUGAGCUUAAACUUCAGUUACAAACUUAUUAGUCUAUAUAUAACCAUAGCUGAGCUUUGAUUUAAGCAAUAUUAGGCCAUUACGUUAUUUUCCAUUUCAUUUAUACACAGCUUAAUUCAUUAUACAUUACAUGAACUACAUUUACAUUUGUUUAAAUAAAUAUUUUCCAGUUAAAUCUGCUUUUAAUGUAACAUAUUUUUUCCAAUGCUUAUAAAUUUUUAGACCCAAGUAGUAACAUAAACCUUAUAAGAGUCACAUAAAAUUAAAAUUAAAUGGAAGAAGAAACAUUAUUCUAAAUUGUACUUGUCAGUAUUAACUAGCAAAUAUUGUUGCUUGUUAUUCAUAACAGGCAGUUCUAAUUUUCUGACUAUGUCUGCUCUAUCCACAGUAUAAUAAUGAUCAGAUUCUGGCACAAAAUGAUUGUUCUUUAGUCUACAAAGGUAUUUAAAACUAUACUCAUUGUCACUAAAUUUGGAAUCAGUCAUAGCUGCAUAUUGAUUUAUCAUCAUUUUCGCAGCCGAUUUAACAAUUACAAAAUCGCUGACUUUAAAUUGGGAUUCCAGCGAACAUAUAUCACCCUUGGGAGGGUCCCCAUUUGUGUCUGAAUAAGUGUCACCGUAGCCCAGUUUCUUUCUUGUUUUAGAAUCGGAGACGCUUGGUUGAGGGAGAUCAGUUUUAUAAAAUGUAAAUUUGGCAAGUGUUUUAAAGUAAUUACAGUAAAUAGUAUUAAAAUUAUUUUAUUAGUCAUGUGUUCCUAUGCAUAUGUCACAAUUUUAACAUUACAAUAUCAUCAGAGUAAUAAAUAUAUAAAAUGGGAUACUUCUUGUAGUUUUUAAUUUAAUUUGCCCUUUGGUAUAAUAUGAACAGUGAAUAUUAACAGCACAUUUUGCAUAGCUGAGUUUUCUUGCCCAGAUAGUUGACUUUUUUUUAUGAACUUCAGGCUAUUUUCUGUUUGCUCAAAGUUCCUUUUAACACAGGAAAUUUAUUGGGAAGCAUCUUUUCAAUCUGAGUUAUAUCAUUAUCUUCAAUUCUGUAAAGGAUAAUUCCAGGACAAGAUGUUUCAAGUUCUUGUAAAUGUCAAUAUUUGUAAUAUUCGUACUGUAGGCAACCAAAUUGUCGGCCAUUCUUUUUAAACAACCUCCAACACCAUCUGGGAUUUCUUUAUUGUGGUCUUUCUCAUAAUAAUGCCAAUGCAAACUUUCAGUAUUGAGCUGUCUUACUAAAUGUGUUGCAGUAAGAUGAAACAUAUUUCUGUUUCAGUACUGAGUGCCUGCACUGUCACUUAAAAAAUGUACAUUUUUAAUUGCUGGAACUAUUUGUUGUUUCUUUAAUAUUGAUGGUUGAAAAUGAGCACGUAUUGCAAGUGGGUCAUGUUAUAGAUUACUACAGAAAGUACAGAAUGACUGACACUGUUCUGAAUUUUCAGUUUUAGAGUAGUAAUACUGAACACAGGUGUGUAAUGUAAUCUGGUUUGUUGAACCUUCAAAGUGAACUGAUUGUAUUUCAUUAGAAUAUUUACAGUUAUAAUUUUUAGAGAAAUCACAGAGGAGUAAAAUCUCAUGCACAGACAAACUGUUUUUAAUCACUCUAUGUUAUAUUGCUGUUUUAUAUUAUGUUCAUGCUACAUAAAUGAGGGCAGUAAAUAUUAUUUUUCUUUGUUACAAAUUCUUUCUUUCCAGCAAAUAACUCACUGUUGUUAUCCUGUUCCUUAAAUUCUAUUACAUCAUUAUGUGCAUUACUCAUUGUAGUAAACUGUGAAGUUGCUGAAGGCAGUUUAUCAUUUUUCAUUACCUUAAGUGAAAAAAAACUUCCAACACCCUUCAUUAGUAGAGGUAGUAGAGUCAGACUGGAGCAUUGUACUCCAUGGAUCCGUCCUUGGUCCGUUGCUGUUUCUGAUAUAUGCAAAUGACCUACCUUUUUCAUGCAAUACAUGCAAGUUAACCAUGUUUGCUGACGACACCAGCAUUUUGAUUAGUAACAAACAGCUCACUGAUAUAGAGGUUGAUGCCAACAAAUUACUUACAGUACUAUUAACAUGGUUCCAAGUGAACUCGCUCAUAGUAAACCUGAGCAAAACAAAUUAUAUCCAUUUCAGCCUUGACCACAAACUCCCCCAGGAGAUUACUGUUUUAAAUAACAAUAAUCAGAUACAAAGGGUACACUGCACCAAAUUCUUAGUCCUCCACAUAGACAGUUGUCUCAACUGGGACCACCAUGUCCUCAGGACUGUAAAAAGGCUGUCCUCAGCAAUUUUUGCCAUUAGGACAAUCUCACAAUUUGGAGACAUAAAUGUCACGAAGUCCACAUCUUUGCAUACUUCCACUCCAUUAUGUGUUAUGGCAUCAUCUUCUGGGGAAAUUCACCCUCAUCUAAAAAAUAUCUUCCUCAUGCAGAAAAAAGUAGUCCGUAUAAUGUGCAGAGUACCCCCGAGAACCUCCUGCCGUACGCUCUUUAAAAAACUUGGAAUACUUUCCACAACCUGCCAGUAUAUUUUUUCCCUAAUGAGUUUCUUGGUUGACAAUCCUGCCCACUAUGAAACCAAUGAAAGCUUCCAUUAUCACAAUACAAGAAAGAAGGCUGACCUCCACUUUGAACUAAAAAGUUUAACUCAGGUACAGAAAGGAGUGCAUUACUCCAGUGUCAAAAUAUUUAACUUAUUACCGAGCUAUAUAAAAAGUCUACGUAGUAACAGUGCAUCAAUCUAAAGACAUAUUUAAUCGAUAAAACGUUUUACUCACUUGAUGAAUACUUCAACAGAGAAAAGUAGUCUUUGUAUGUAUUUAUAUUUACUGUUGUUUGUUUAUGUUCUUUUUGUUCCUAUUUGUAGCCAUAUACUUACUGUGACAAGUAGGCUUUUGCAAUGUGAUAAACUUUGCAUAAUGUAUUAUUCCUACAACUUUAUUUUAGUUCAUUGUUAUUUUUGCAAGUCUUAUGUAAUUUAUGUCUAGUUCUGCUCUUGUAAACUAAUUGAUAUCAAGGUCUGUGAACAUAUAUUACUAAAGUCGUUCUACAUACUAUCGUCAUACGCAUAACAGGAUCUAUGGAAUUUGUAGAUAAAAUAAAUAAAAAUAAAACUUAUAUUUUUGAUAA